UGAUCUUUAACUUAGUCAUUUUUGUUGUUCUCUAUGGUUUUCUUUUGUUAGAACCUCUUUUGAACAAUGGCGGAUCCAGUUCUUCAAUCUACGACAUGCCCACAUUUCUUCCAGCCUCUUCUUCCCGGCUUCGACUCCUACCUCAACAUUCCUGUAACCUUCUUCCUCAAGCAUGUAGAAAGAAGCAACGAACAAAGGACUGCGAACUUGAGAUCGGACGCUUCAGAUACGACUUGGGAAGUGAAGAUCGAUGGCCGGAGUCGGAGGCUCACCGGUGGCUGGAAAGAAUUCGCUACAGCACAUGAUUUUCGUGUCGGCGAUAUCAUUGUUUUCAGACACGAAGGAGAUUUGGUGUUUCAUGUCACUGCAUUGGGACCCAGUUGUUGUGAGAUUCAAUAUGUACAGUCUUGCAACGACGAUAAUCUUGAUGAUGAUCAGGAAGACAUAAGAAACUUGCCAAUGGAACAGAGUCUUAAAACAGAACUAGAGGCAGAGCGCUCAUUAGACGACGACGAUGAAGAUGAUAACAUGGGAAAGUUUCCGAGAAAGAAACAUGUGGAGAAGGAGAUUCCUGAAGCAGAAGCAAAGUCUUUUUCAUCAGACAAGUCUUGUUUCGUUGCACAUGUUACAGAUUCUAACCUACGAAACGAUACACUGUUUCUUCCAACAAAAUUUGUUAGGUCCGAUGGUCUGAUUAAAGGAAGUAACAAGAUUGUUCUAAUGAAUGAAGAAAUAAGGACAUGGACGCUUAUUCUGAAGUUUAGGGAUUCAAGUAGAUCGUUUUACAUGAGGGGUGGCUGGAGAAGUUUCGCCAUGAGCAUGGGCUUAAACCUGGAGAUUCCGUCACGUUUAAACUAGAGAGAAACAACACAAAAACGCCUCUUCUUCGUUUCUCCACUGCAGAACUAAAGAGUGUUUCCACUAAAGAUUGCAACA